AUGGGAGUAUACCUCCUGAACACUGCAACGAUGAUGCCGGCAACGAGCAUAAUUGAUAGUAGAGUAAUUAUAAUAAUAGAAAUGUACAUGAUUGAGUGGUCCUCAACGUAGCUGUCCUCAUUAGAUUCAGCUGAGAAAAGAAGUCGAAAUCCUGGAUAG